GAGGACGUCAAGUGGGAAUGUGAAGCCCCCUGUUCCUGCGGGAAGGGAUCUGGUCUGGGUCCUUUUUGGCCCCCCGGCCCCCGAGGCACGGUUCGGAACGAGAUGGGGGUCCCCCAAGCGACGAAGCGUCUUCCGGCGCUCUGGUAGGGCAGUCCGCCGACUCCCCCCCGACUCCCCCCCAUCGGAGCCCACGGAAUCUAUUGAAACCUCAACGAAACAAGACAUGGAAUGUGUCACAGCUGUCUGUCCACGUCUCUCUUGCAAAAGUAAUUAAAACAUGUUUCCGCAAAAAACCGCUCAAUGCGAGCUCAUAUCAAGGAGUUCGCUGCCCCAAGUACUCAAUUCCAAUCCCGAGCUCUCGACUCCCAGAUCCACCUCGCCGUCCUCAACACUCAGUAGGUCCUCAACGGCAACAUCCAUCAGUAAGCGGAUGUCACUCUCGGGACGACGUAUCUCGGGCUUUAAUCCUAUGGCCGCAGUCGACAUCGACGCAAUCGAAGCACAAAUGAAGAUGGCCGCUCUCGAUACCCUGAAGGGGUACUCCGCCGAUCACUACGGCACGAUCAAGCAGUACCGCGAGACGGACUACAUCGCGGAAAGAAAUGCGGGAGGCUACCAAGUGCUCCGCGAACCGGCGUGGAAUAAAGGUACAUCAUUCAGUCCUGAUGAGCGAGUUUCUAAAAACCUCACUGGCCUCAUACCUCAUGUCCUAGAGACUCUGGAAACGCAGUGCAUGCGUGCGAUGCGCAUGAUCAACUCGCGAGGCACCAACAUCGACAAAUAUCUCUACCUCUCCACUCUCAAGCAAAACAACACCGAUCUCUUCUACCGCCUCUUAAUCGAUAAUGUCGGCACACUCAUGCCACUUGUAUAUACCCCCACAAUCGGAGAUGUCUGCCUCCAAUACUCGACGCUGUACACACAUCCUGAAGCGCUGUACAUUUCCAUCAAGCAAAGGAAGUCGAUUGCGACGAUACUCCGGAAUUGGCCGUACCCGGAACCCUCGAUUUGUGUCGUGACUGAUGGGUCGAGAAUUCUUGGGUUGGGUGAUCUCGGUGUAAAUGGUGUUGGAAUUUCUAUCGGCAAACUUGCCCUGUACACCGGUGCAGCUGGUAUCCACCCUCAAAAAACUCUCCCCAUUGUCUUAGAUUGCGGUACGGCGAAUGAGGAUAAUCUUCGUGAUCCGUUGUACCUGGGUCUGAGACAGAAGAGAGUCUCGCCACAGGUUGCGCUGGGAUUCAUGGAUGAGUUCAUGGCUGCUGUGAAGGAAGUGUACCCCAACAUGCUGGUGCAAUUCGAGGAUUUCGAGACCGAGAAAGCUUUCCAAUAUUUGGAGCGGUAUAAGUUGGAGAAGUGCUUCAAUGAUGAUAUCCAGGGAACUGGCGCUGUCGUUCUUGCUGGAUAUAUGGGAGCUGUGAACCUUUCAGGCGUACCAAUAGAAGACCAGAAGCUCGUAUUCAUGGGUGCUGGUUCCGCUGGUGUCGGCGUCGCCAAGCAAGUAAUGGAAUUCUACACCCGCCGUGGGCUCUCAGAGCAAGCAGCAAGAGAUAAAUUCUACCUCGUCGACACGCGAGGUCUCGUAACAAAAGAUCGAGGAGACAAGCUUGCAGAGCACAAGAAGAUCUUCGCUCGCAGUGACAACAACGGCCACCAAUUCGCUACUCUCGAAGAAGUGAUCGAGUAUGUGAAGCCAACCGCGCUCAUCGGUCUCACCGCCACCUUCGGCGUCUUCACCGAGUCAGUCGUCCGCGCUCUGAAGGCAUCAGUUGAUGCCAGUGGACUUGGCCGCAGACCGAUCUUGUUCCCCCUCAGCAACCCUUUGACGAAGGCGGAAUGUACGUUCGAGCAAGCAAUCACGUGGACGGAGGGAACUGUGAUCUUCGCUUCCGGGUCGCCCUUUUCCCCAUACACGACAAAGACUGGAGAUCAUAUUACCACCUACUACCCAAACCAGGGUAACAAUGUAUACGUCUUCCCUGGUCUCGGCCUCGGAGCAAUCCUCGCCAAGGCAUCCAGAGUAACAGACGCCAUGGUCUACACCUCCGCCGCCUCGCUCUCCGGCUGCCUCAACAGCGAAGAAAUCCGCAUGGGGCUCAUCUACCCCAAGAUCGAGCGGGUCCGCGACGCCAGCGUCGUCGUCGCGCGUGAAGUGAUGAAGUGUGCGCGCAGAGACGGCGUGAGUCUGUUGCCUGAAGAGACGUGGAUCGAGUGGGAGGAGUGGGGAGAUGUGGCGUUGACGGCCUGGAUUAAGAAGCAGGUGUAUGACCCUAAGUGGUAGUUCCCAAUUUCUCCUUAUUUUCCGUGCGUGUUUGAAUUGGGAUGGAAUUGGGAUGGGCAGGAGUUUGAUUGGACCUCGGAAGCGAAAUGCGUGUGAUGAGAAUGAUACCUGGACACCGUAUGUAUAUAUUGUAUAUAGUUUUUACUUAGUGGCGAUUGAUUCGUCUUGGGAUAGAAGCUGGAAAUCUAAAAGCUUUGGAUUUUUCUUCAUUGGUUUUCAGCUGUGGCAAGAGCAUGCGCGGUGAGAAGUCAAGAAGGGAGUGUGGCUGCCAACGGAGACAUUACCGCUCCGAAUGUCAAGGUACAUUCAGCCAUCGCCCUACUUCUGGCAUAAUCUUCUCUGCCUUCUGACUGUCUCGCUACCUGUGGCACACUCAAUGGCCAAUGAGCGAAUGCUCAAUCGAGAAUGGUGGGGAUUGCCCCCUCAAGGCCCCAAGCAUUAUCCUGGGGGAUGAUCAGGUAACAUUUAUCAAACUAUACG